UUUCGAGAUGGGUUUCUGUGAAAAACUAGGGGGAAAGUUGACCGACGCUUGAGUAGGAGAUGUAACCGAUCUUAUAUAAGAUGCAGAUUGAAAUUCACUGGCGGAAUUGCUUCGUGUUGUGUCUUUGUUUUAUUGGCCUCGUUGAAGGUGCACAAUAAGAAUGAAGUGGGCAAUAUUUACAACGUUGACGGUUAUCGCAGUGGCAGCGGCGUUUCCUCAGAAAGAAGGCGGAGCUUAUACGAACGAGGCAAUUAGGCAAGCUCAGAACACUUUCUUGAUUCCCAAGGAUGCGCAAAUCCAAAAGGUUCAAGAGGGCAUCGAAAUUGGAGCCUACGAAAGCAUACCGGGCGACCAAAAAAUCAACCUUUUCGAAAUUUUGGGAGACCAAUUUCCACCGGAGGUGGUCAACAAUUUGCAAGGUCAAAUCGACCAAGUCGGCAAAAAUUAGGACCGUCUCUCGCGUUUCACGAUCGAGCGAUUCUCUGCGCAAAGUUUUCUAGUCUUCCGAAGAUAAUCGAUUGUCUUUGACAUAUAGUGAUGUAAUUUUUAAUUGUUGCGCGUCUCUGGUAUCGCGUUUAGCUGCUUAGUCGUCUAUUCUAUGCUGUAUUAUACUUUCUUUUGCAUUUUACGAUGCCUGUAUCGCUUUUUUCUGCGCUGUAGAAGUUCUUCCCGGAAAGAGUGCCAAACUCAGAUUAUUGUAAAAUACAAUGUUUAUAUUUUUGUACCUCUUGCCGUGACAAUAAAUAAAUGAAACGUAAAAAUUACUUGUCGUUAUUUA